AUGCCUCCUUCAAAGAAAAGAAAGACCAACAAGGGUUCCGCAGCGAAAACCGAGAACACAGUAGCGGCGAGUUCUGCUGCCCCAGCAGAGGCCGAGACGACAGGGCCCCUCACCACCACAACAGACGCCGCCGCCCCUGCGCCCACAGAACCAGCGGAGGUGCCUUCAACAUCACAACCCACAGAGGAAGACGCCGCAGCCAAGGCGAAAGACCGCAUGGCCCGCUUCAAGGCCUUGAAGGCCCGCGCCAAGAGCUCCUCGGACCAAAACUUCAAGGAGGCGACGCUCGAGUCGCAGCGUCUCGCGUCCGACCCCAGCCAGCUGACGGCCAUCCACCGCAAGCAGGCCAUCGCGUCGCAGAAGCUUCUCAAGGCCGACGUCGAGGACGCCGGCGGCGACUUUGAGCGCAAGCGUGCGUGGGACUGGACGGUCGACGAGAGCGAGAAGUGGGACAAGCACGUCAGGAAGAAGGAGGCGCACCGCGACAACAACGCCUUCCAGGACUAUACCGCCGAGAGCAACAAGGUGUACAAGCGUCAGCUCAGAAACAUCGCCCCGGACAUGGAGAAGUACGAGAAGGACAAGAUGGCGGCCAUCGAACGCGCGGCGGCCUCGGGCGGCCUCGACAUUGUCGAGACGGAGGACGGGGAGCUCAUCGCGGUGGACAAGGACGGCUCGUUCUACUCGACGGCCGACUCGACCACAUUUGCGCAAAACAAGCCGGACAAGGCCGCCGUCGAUCGGCUCGUGGAGGAUCUGAGGAGGGCCGAGGAGAACAGGUUGAAGAAGAGAAAGGACCGCAUGGCGCAGAAUGGCGACGACGGCGACGUCACGUACAUCAACGAGAAGAACAAGCAGUUCAACCAGAAGCUGGCGCGCUUCUACAACAAGUACACGGCGGAGAUUCGGGACAGUUUCGAGAGAGGAACCAUGAUUUAG